AUGGUGCUGAUCACAGAGGACCCAGGUGGAGGUGGAGGGACCUUGUUAAAUGUUCAGCAGAAUGGGAUCUCUGGAGGUCAGGCCAGGAUUGUCAGGGGUCCCAAAGAUGAGGAGUCGUCAAUAUUGUCGGAGACGGUCGCAGGCGAUGAAAAUGAGGAUCCUAAUGAGGGAGACAAUGAGGAAAGCAACUAUUACGACGAUGACGACGAUGAUGUCUAUCAGGAAUUUGAAGAGUUUGACUUUGACACAUUGCCAGAUCUGCCAAAGGAUACCAAGAGUAUUGACUCUGAUAACUCCUUCUAUCCACCCGAUGACUCUCUCAAAUACAGGACUCCCAGCCCAAACACACCCGAACCUCUGUCCUUCUUCAAGGCCUGCUCCAAUAACAAUUCCAUCAUAGUGAAGAUUAUGAUAAGGCAAGGGGUGACAAAGGAGGAAGUGAUUGAAACAGACAAGAACAACAGAAAUGGGCUGAUAGUAGCCUGCUACAUGGGCUGGGUGGAUGUGGUCAUAGCGCUUUCUCAGUCUCCUCAUAUCGAUGUCAACUGGCAAGACAACGAGGGGAAUACAGCCCUCAUGACAGCUGCUCAAGCAGGCCACAUUAUGAUAUCCAGCUACUUGAUCAACUACUUCCCCAACCUGGACCUAGAGCGUAGGAACUGCCAUGGAUUCACCGCUUUGAUGAAGGCAGCCAUGCAAGGGAGGGCAGACGUUGUUCGUUUGCUCAUGAUGUCAGGAGCGGACGUGGAGGCGAGGGACUACAGCCGCAAGAUGACCUCCAGGGAGUGGGCUUUGUUCACAUGUCGCUAUGAGACGGCCUAUCUGAUGAUGCGUCUGAUGGCCCAGCCAUGCGCCCAGCAGUUCUGUGACUCCUACAAGCUGGAAUGGCCCAUGCUGCAGGAGCUAGUGGCCCAACGCCAGGAGUCCAAGAGCUGCUGGCAGAAGGUGGCAGACAAGGUCUGCUGCAGGUUCUCUCUCCGCAUGAAGACGGACCCCGUGGACGACGGUGUGAUGGACCACAUGGUACGCAUCACUACCGCCCUGUCCAGCCCAUUGAUCGCCACCGCAUGCCACACCGUGGCCCCGAGAAGCCCCCCCUGCAUCGGGAAGCGGCGCUAUGCCGUGCCAGAGAUCCUCAGGAAGCAGCGAGUGGACGAACUGAAGUGCCUGGGCCCCGAGCACUUCAACAACAAUAAGAAGCUGUUCAAUAACUCCCGGGUGCAGUUGGUUCCUAAAAAGAGAGACCGGAGGGCCAGCCUGCAGACCCAAAUGUUGCAAGAGGUUGCGGUGGCUGGUACUUCGGUCCUGAGGCGCACCAGCUUGCUGCCCCUGAACAUGAUGAGGAGGAGCAGUGUCAGGCCAGGCAUUGUGGUCCCCAAGGUGAGGCUGUGCAAGGUCCCCUCGUGGCCAAACCCUGAGAAGAGAAAAAAGAGCAAGGACCCCGAGCUCCUCCAGCUACCCAAGUGGAGGUACAAAGAGGCCAAGGAGGAGAGGAGGAGGCAAGAGGAGGAGGGGAAGAAGAGACGUUUACCCACAGUGAGGAUGCGCUGA